AUGUUCCCACAUGGUUACAAGUUUAAACUAGAAAGGUACAAAGGUCUCAAUGGCAGGACGUGUUGGACGACAUUGAUAUCCGCCUUUUGUACACUAGUCGAAAAUGAAGAUGAUAGGUUAUACGUCGUAUACAACGGAGGACUACAGAUGACAUUUGAAGCGCUGCAAAGUUUACAUGCUGUAUAUAUGGAGGGGGGAGCGGGAUCAGCUAGUAGUAGCGCGAGUGUUCGCGGUGAAUUAGCGGGUGCGUUACGCUGGGCCGCCGCGCUGCUACGAACGUUACGGACGCGUCGCGAUACUAAAGAAGCGCGUGCGCUACUGCUGGCUUGUAAAGAUUGGCCGGAGUGCGCGCGUCGAUUGGUCGCUAUGCUUGCAGCGCACCAUCGCCUCGAUCAUCUCCGAGUACCUUCCCUAAACAUAUGCUGUCGCGUAGCGCGUACACAACGUUGUAUGUCGGAACAGUUGGUGUUGCUAUCGGCUUUGUGUGCACUGGAAGCGGUUCCCCUAAAAUUUAACUACUUUGCCGCUUUCUGGCGGGACGUUGCUGCUUCGCCGGCGGAUGCAAAGUUAGAAGAGAUGCUGUUAGAAUGUAGCGUAGUAUCAGAGUACAUGGACGCUGUGUUACUAGACGAACGGGAAUCUUUGGAAGACCCAGCUAUUUAUCAGUUUAUGCAACACUACUAUCCUAAGGUAUCUUAAUAAUAAUUUAAACUUUAUGCUAUAAUUUUUUUUUUAACUCUUGACGCAACGUUUGAUUAUUAUUAUUGCUCACAAUAUAUUGUGGUUAACGUUUUUAUAGCGAAUUUUCAUUUAUGUGGGCUGAGAAUAUAUUAUCAUACAAUAAAAGAUGAAAUAAAAAGACCAUACAAAGAAACGAAUACGUGCUGUGGACUAAAUAUAAAUGAAAACACCCUUUUCAGUCCAUUGCGCCGAGACGCUUUGGUUUAAAAAACUAAAUAUGUCAAAAAUAACGAAAAUUCAUAUUUCCUUUCAAUCAAAAGAAAAUUUCUCGUUUAUCUUUUGUAUUGAUGUUAAGCGUCAUAGUAGUGUAACAAGCUAAAAUUUAACGCCAAUGAGGAAGUAUUUAAAAAAAAAGACAUUUGUUCCUGAAAUCAAACUAGAUGUCACUACAGUACGUUC